GUGCCACUGGAGGAACAAGUGACCUGUCUGGCAAGGAAUGCAGCAUCCUUCUGAGAGCCUCUUCUCAACGUCAUCCCACGGACCAGGACUUCCUCAUGGGAAAGGGCGCUUAGGAUUUUGCUGUCGGCCACCCAAAACUUUUGCUUAGCCUGAACAAGACUUUUGCUGCAGAACGGAAUGAGAUAUUAUUUCAUUUCAUUUUGCAUCUUCUAAUCUUCCUGGUUGCACUCUUAGUUGUUUAACCCUGAGAAUUUUAAGCUACAGUUUGUUGCUAUUAUUUUUGUGUACACUUUUCAAAAUGAUUGACUUAAGCUUCCUGACCGAUGAGGAACAAGAGGCCAUCCUGAAGGUUCUGCAGCGGGAUGCUGCCCUGAAGAGGGCCGAAGAGGAGAGAGUCAGACAUUUGCCUGAAAAAAUUAAAGAUGAUCAGCAGCUGAAGAAUAUGAGUGGCCAAUGGUUUUAUGAAGCCAAGGCAAAAAGGCACAGAGACAAAAUCCAUGGUGCAGAUAUCAUCAGAGCAUCCAUGCGAAAGAAGAGGCUCCAUGUAGCAGCUGAGCAGAGCAAGGAAAGAGCAAAUGGUGCAAAGGAAAGCUGGGUGAAUAAUGUCAACAAAGAUGCUUUCCUUGCCCCAGAGCUGGCUGGUGUUACCGAAGAGCCAGAAGAAGAUGCAGCACCAGCAAGCCCAAGUUCCAUUGUGGUAAAUCCAGCUUCCACUGUGAUUGAUAUGUCCCAGGAAAAUACACGGAAAUCACCUGUGUUUCUCGCUAAGCAAAGGAAAAAUCCAUUUAAUAGCUCCAAGUUGCCAGAAGAUCAUUUAUUGCAACAUACAAAAAAUGAACAGUCAAAAAAUGGAAGAGCUGGCUUAUUUCAGACUUCAAAAGAGGGUGAAUUGUCUGAGUCAAAAGAAAAGCCAUCUGUCCCAGAUGUUUCAAGCCAGAAGUUAGAGAAAGCAAAGCAGACUUUGCCAGGCCCUGUGAAUGGGUCCCAAAUCAAGGCUCCAAUCCCCAAAGCCAGGAAAAUGAUCUACAAAUCAAAUGAUUUAAAGCAAGAUGUUAAUCAAUCUUUUCCUAGACAAAGGACAUACCCCCUCAAUGCAAAAGGGGCUCCGAGAGGGAUCCUCAAGCGCAACUCCAGUUCCAGUAGCACAGACUCAGAAACUUUUCGUUUGAAUCACAGCUUUGAACCAAAAAGCAAAAUUGUGUCACCUGGCCUAACUAUUCAUGAGAGAAUUUCUGAGAAGGAGCAUUUGGAAGGUGACUCUCCUCUGAACUCACUGGAGCCACUAAAGCAUGUGAGAUUCUCUGCAGUAAAGGAUGAACUUCCACAGAGUCCUGGGCUAAUUCAUGGUCGGGAAGUGGGAGAAUUUAAUGUUUUAGAAUCUGACAGGUUGAAGAAUGCAACGGAAGAUGCAGGGGACAUAGAUGAGUUUCGGAAUGACCCUAAGCCUUCCCAAUAUAGAAAGCCUUUGCCUUUUCCUCAAUCAGCCUCAAGCCCAAGUGUAUCAGAAAAUGAAAUACAUCAGCCAGUGACUUCUGGUUCUUUUCCAACUGAUGGACUCCAUUCUCACUCAGAAGUUUUAACUGCAAGACCACAGUCCACUGAGAAUUUACCCACCAUCAAUGAACACAAAGCUAAAUUAUCAGAAUUAAAAAGACUUGAAUCAGAAUUGUCUAAAAGCCCUGCUGAUGAACUGUCUCAUUGUCUUGAGCCUGAGCUGUCUCAGGUGCCAGAUCGAAGUUCUAGAGACCAUCAGCAAGGUAAGCCCCCUCCUCUCACUGCUCUAAAAGCUGAGAUAUCCUCACGCUCUGGUCCAUAUGCCACUGAGAUAAGGAAGACAACUGAUGAUUCCAUAUCUAAAGUCCUAGACUGGUUUAACCGAAGUUCUCAUUCAGACGACGGUAACUCAUUCCUCCCACAUCCCCGAGGAAUAGAGCCCAAAGAAAAAACAGACUCAAAAUCACAGGUUGCUAUUGCCUUGGUGACAGAUGACACCAGUCUAAAAGAAAAUGGCUCAAAGGCCCUAUCAUCUACCAAAGUUGAACUGAAGCCUGUGAGAUCUGAUUCAACGUUCCAGGUAGAAGGAGAUAUGCUGCUUUCUAGAAAUUUCCAAGAUAAUGAUGUGAAUAUCAAAUCCAAAUCUAUGAAUUUGUUCCAACAAGACACCCCAAAAGAAAGCCCAGGUAUAUUGCAACCAUUUGAAAGCUAUGGUAGCCCAAGUCAAGGGAGUGAAAAUAUGGACUACAGACAAGGUUCAAAAAGCAUAAGAGAAAGAAAUGGGGAACUUCCCCCAACUAGUCACUGUUCCUACAGUGUUCUCAAAGGAUCUGAUUCAGAAGACCAAAUGCCAUGUGACACUAGGAAUACUGGCAGUUUGGGUGAAGAAGAACUGAAGCUUCGUGUUCAUGAAAAAAAUAGAAGAAACUCAGAAGUAAAUUUUGACUCUUCAAUAAUCAUCAAAGAACAAAGUUUGAAAGAUGACAUGAAAACAGACAGAAAGAGCAAAGGAGGAAAUACUUACAUCUUGAAAGCUUCCUUAGAGCCAGAGAAUAUUCAGUCACCACCUGGGGCUGCCAACUGUGGGUCUCCUUGGAAGAAACCUGAGGUCCAACUACAAGAAGCUGGUGAGGUUCCCAAGAACCAAGUGCAAAGAGAGAAAUACAAAAGAGUGCGUGACAGAAUAUCCUUUUGGGAAGGAGAGAAAGUUGCUGCUAAGUUAACUCAUAAAGAACUCACACCUUCAUGCAGCUGGGAACAAAUUUCUGCUAAAGUAUAUCAGCCAGUGAAGUCACAGAGUGUGUUCAGGGAUGGUUUACCUACAGGCCAGAGGGAAUAUAAUCUAGUCACUGCCAAACUAGUGGUCCUAGAUGAGGAUGAUCAAGCACCCCAUCUCUCCAGUUUUUAUUCCUCAAAUAGACCUACAGAGACCAGUCCCCAAAUAUUAGGUCUAUCCAAAAACUAUCGUUCCGCUGACCAAUCAGUUAAAGUAUUUCAAAAUAAGAUAAAUGAGCCUAUAAAAAGAUUGCCAGUGGCAGACAAUUUGCAUUCUAGAAGAGACAUUACUUUACCAGCACUGCAACAUCCCUCAAAUGUUGGGAAUGAAAUACAUACUCCUGGGGAGAAAGACAGAUCUCUAAUUGGUGAAUCAAAUGCCAACUUUAAAGUUAUGUCCCUCAAGGAAAGAAUGGAUGAACCCAAUACAGAACAGGUCUACAGUCACUCUCAGUUUGAGAAGGUGAGAACAUUUUGGGACUUAGGAGCUAAUUCAAACAGUAAGUAUAAUGAUGAGAAGAAUACUACCACAACAAGCCAGAAAAAUUCUGUGCCUUUUAAUAGCCAGAAAUACAAGGAAUUCAGUGACAUUAAAUCAUCCAAAAAACCUCAUGAAGGAGAGGCACUUCUAAGCCAAAAAAAAGUUAUGGCAAGAGAGGAAAUGGAGAAAUUAAAUUCAAAGUGCAUAUUUCAGGUGCUACCAGAUGAAACCACAUUCUCAUUGAGACCACCCGGGAAGUCAGCUCAUCAGUUGCCAGGAAAUGAAUCAUCAAAGGAAGAUGUGGAAAAGAAUAUGGAAUGGUUUGUUACUCCAGUGUUCACGGAAGAAAAGGAUUACUCAGACCAAGAGAUUCAAGAAUUUAUAGUGAAAACAAGUGUUUUGUCUAAUGACUACAGAGACACUUUUAAUGACAGCUUACAGAAGCUGCUUUCAGAAGCUCCAUCACCAGCAAUCCAAUUUUUUAGUGGAAAAGUUCAUGGGAAAAGAGUGAUUGAACCAGGAGUUUCUGAAAAUAGGAAAUGGCCUCAAAAGGUAGAUUUUAUUGAUACUGAGGAAGAAAUCAAAGGACCUAAGGAGAUAACUAAUGAGCAUGUGGACAAAAUAGUAGCUCCUCCAAAAGUCAACCAGAACACUUUGACUGCUCGUUUAGACAAACUCCUGAAGGAAGCAACUGGAACUUCACCCUCUCCCUUGCACAGCAAGUUGGAACCCGUUUCCACUAGAACCAACUCUGAGCCUGAAGAUGGUAGAUUUUUUGAAAAAGAGAUAGAACAAAGUCACAAUGCCUCAGCCUAUCACAAAGAGCCAAUAGCUCCUUUUCCAGAGGGGGAUGAAACUUCGGGAAAUACAGCUCUCACCCAGAAAGCUGAAAGUGGUGAGUACCAGCUCAGUACAGAGAACUUGCUUCAGAUGGCUGCAGAAGGUUCUCACCCACUGGAUCAGUCUUCCCAUCUUCACAGAAAGGGUUCUUUUGGGAAUGUGAGCAAUUCUCCCCAAGAUAUGCCUUUUUCCCAGGAUGCUCAUCUGGCUGUCCAGGAUAGGGUGGUGCUUUCUCAAAGGGAAAUUUCAGAGACUGUAGAGAAAGUCAGUUGUCCACCCAAACCUGCACUGAAUGAUGUAAAUGCUGCAUUACAGAAACUGUGUAGAGAAGCUUGGUUGAGUUAUCCAGCUGGGAGGGAAGAAGGUCCUGGACAGGUGAAAGCAGAAUUUCCUGAAGGAGUUCAGGCAGCAGGUAGCCCCGCAAAUCCUCUGGGAGUGAUCUCACCCUGGGCUACAAUGGACACCAUAGUUCCAGACAGAAAGGAUUUUUAUUCCUUCAAUGUGGUUCUUGAUAAAACUCAUGAAGUUGGAUCUCAUUUAACUGCCCAGAUGUCUCCAUCAGAACAGACCCUUAGCUCAUCUGUCCAUACUGUUGCUCAGCAGGGCAAAGCGCUACCUCAGCAAGUGGCAGAAAUUGUGAGAACAAUUAUUCAACCCAAAUCAGAGUUCCUUGCAUUCAGUGCUGGCUUAGAAAAACUACUGAAGGAAACAACUGAAACUUCCCCUUCAGAACAUGAAAGUGACGUAGGGACUCUUCCUCCAUCAAAGUUAAUAGGUAGUAAUGAGGAGCCCAGGCAAGCUGCUUCUGAAUUUCAUCUUGAGGAAAUAAAAGAAACAGUAGAAAAGGCCGAAGCUCCAUCAAAAACUGAGAGUGCUUUUGAUACUGGUUUUAAGAAACUCCUUAAAGAAACAUUUGAAGCUCCUCCUCAUCAGCUCCAGGUGUCAGUGAAGGAAGAAACUCCUGAGAAGGAGCCUGUGUCACAGUCAGAGCAGGCCAGGUUCUUGGGGACAGUGCCCCAUUUUGACUGGGCAGCCUCAGAGGCCUCUGAAAUGAAGGUUAAAAAUAAUGGUUUGGAAUUUAAAGUUAACCAGUGUGAUAAAGUAUUGGGAGGAGACAAAGCUGUGACUGAUUUAUCAGUUGAUCUUUGUAAUUCUGAAAGUGGAUUUGAGAUCCCUGGAACCCCACAACUUCAUGUGAACCAUAAAAUAGGGACCGCUACAACUAUAAAACCCCCAGAAGACAGGGACAGUGAAAGUGAGGUUGCAGGGGCACAAGGGGGUUUUCAGGAACCUGGUUUUGAAGAGACUUCUGAAGCAAUUAGUGUGUCCAGAAAUAGGCAACCCAUUCCUCUGCUGACAAACAAAGAAAACCCUACAAAAAUAAGUAAAGUUGAAUUGAUUCUGGCAUCACCAUAUAAAAAACAAGUGAAAGAGGAAGAAAAAGAAGGUUUCUCUGACUCUGAUAUUUCAGAUGGAAAUACCAGUUCUAAUGCAGAAAGCUGGAGAAAUACCUCCAGUUCAGAAGAACUCAGUCCUGUUUUGAAAACUUUGGAAAGGAGUGCUGCUAGGCAAAUGCCUUCCAAAAGUCUAGAAGACAUUUCAUCAGAUUCAUCAAAUCAAGCAAAAGUAAAUAAUCUGCCAGAAGAAUUAGUACGUAGUGCUGAAGAUGUUUCCACAGUGCCUUCACAACCUGAUAAUCAGUUUUCCCACCCCGACAAACUCAAAAGGAUGAGCAAGUCUGUUCCAGCAUUUCUCCAAGAUGAGAGUGAUGACAGAGAAACAGAUACAACAUCAGAAAGCAGUUACCAGCUCAGCAGACAUAAGAAGAGCCCGAGCUCUUUAACCAAUCUUAGCAGCUCCUCUGGCAUGACGUCCUUGUCUUCUGUGAGUGGCAGUGUGAUGAGUGUUUAUAGUGGAGACUCCGGCAAUCUGGAAGUUAAAGGAAAUAUUCAGUUUGCAAUUGAUUAUGUGGAAUCACUGAAGGAGUUGCAUGUUUUUGUGGCCCAGUGUAAGGACUUAGCAGCAGCAGAUGUUAAAAAACAGCGUUCAGACCCAUAUGUAAAGACCUAUUUGUUACCAGACAAAGGCAAAAUAGGCAAGAAGAAAACACUCAUAGCGAAGAAAACCUUGAAUCCUGUGUAUAACGAGAUACUGCGGUAUAAAACCGAAAAGCAAAUCUUAAAGACACAGAAGCUGAACCUGUCCGUUUGGCAUCGGGAUACAUUUAAGCGCAAUAGUUUCCUAGGGGAGGUAGAACUUGAUUUGGAAACAUGGGACUGGGACAACAAACAGAAUAAACAAUUGAGGUGGUACCCUCUGAAGCGGAAGACAGCACCAGUUGCCCUUGAAGUAGAAAACAGAGGUGAAAUGAAGCUGGCUCUGCAGUAUGUCCCAGAGCCAAUCCCUGGUAAAAAGCCUCCUACAACUGGAGAAGUACACAUCUGGGUGAAGGAAUGCCUUGAUUUACCAUUGCUAAGGGGAAACCAUCUAAAUUCUUUUGUUAAAUGUACCAUCCUUCCAGAUACAAGUAGGAAAAGUCGCCAGAAGACGAGAGCUGUAGGGAAAACCACCAAUCCUGUCUUCAACCACACCAUGGUUUAUGAUGGGUUCAGGCCUGAAGAUCUGAUGGAAGCCUGUGUAGAGCUCACUGUCUGGGACCAUUACAAAUUAACCAACCAGUUUUUGGGAGGUCUUCGGAUUGGCUUUGGAACAGGUAAAAGCUAUGGGACUCACGUGGAUUGGAUGGACUCUACAUCAGAAGAAGUUGCUCUCUGGGAGAAGAUGGUAAAUUCCCCCAACACUUGGAUUGAAGCAACGCUGCCUCUCAGAAUGCUUGUGAUUGCCAAGAUUGCCAAAUGAGCCCAAAGUCCACUGGCUUCUCCACUGAAAGCUACUAAACAGGUGGAAUCUGAUCUUGAAAAUUUGACUACAUGGACAAAGAUCCUCACUUUCUAUCUAUUGCCACUAGCAAAUACUACACAGCAUGUUUAAGUCAAUCUGCAUGUGCUGCAUUUUCGAUUACAAGGCCCAAGGAAUAUUAAAUAAUGAGAAAAUUUGUAACUUAUUUGUGACUCCAAUAUUAAAGAAGAUAUUUGAGCAAGCUAGGAAAAUUGAACAUUGCUGUUGCUUCAAAGAAAAAAGCUGUCCUAAAAUGUGGGAUAUUGUUAACAUGCUGAAUGUUCUAGUUUGCCAUCAUAUAUUUUACAUCACAAUCUUGUGCCACAGUGAAAAGGGCCUGCUACUUGAUUAUCUAAAACCCUUGCAGGAUUUGUGACUAUGUAGGUUGUGGAAAAAAAACAGAAAGAUACUAUGUAGGUUGUGGAAAAAAACCAGAAAGAUACUACUGGUGGAGCAGAGGAAGGAAGAACACCAAUGAUAAUAAAGAAUUUAACCAUAAGGAAGCUAUAUACUCUGUAAUCUUUAAUAAAAUAUGGAAUUCCAUGUGAGGGCAAUGACACUGAAUUUACUGCGUGCAUUUCUACCUUCAGAAACUGCUUUCCCUUUUCCAAAGUGUUAAAACAAAAAAGUCUCAAAUAUACUUUGGCGCCAUCCACUGGCUGUAAGUGGAAGUCAAUUCUUGGCUUGUUUUGGCUUGGUUCUAUCCUAAAACAGGUCUCAAGCCUGCUUUUAUAAUAGAGUAUGUAAAAAACAAAACUAACAAAAAACUUGCAUAUAUGAUUGUUUUCCUUAUGACUUUACUAUAUAAAAGCAGCAUAAGAGUAGUCACAGACAUGCUUUGCAACAAAGUUUUAAUUAGAAUGUAAAUUGUUCAAUUUUUCUGUUCUUCCUAUGUAUGUGUAAUUUUCAUAAAGUGUUUUGUAAAAACCCUUAGUCAGAGUAAAUUAUCAUAUGAUUUAAAUCAUA